CCCUUAGGAACAGUCGAAAGAAAAUUAAAAGGAAAAAAACAAACACAUUCGAGAAAGAACAAAGCAGCCGCUUUCUCUGCCUAAAAUCUGUUUAUCUGCGCCUUAGAUUCUCCGAACUGAAUUCAGCGAUUUAUUUGCUAAUAUUCAUCAAAAAUCAAAAGGGUUGUUCUUGAAAUCGUGAAAAAAGGAUCCAUCUUUCUUUCUUUCUUUCUUUCUCACUCUUCAGCAGUAGCAGUAGCAGUAGCAGUUCAAAAAUGGCAGCGAAAAUGAGAAUUGGUCCUUCAUUUUCAUGUCUCUCUACGAGUUCUUCACCUUGUCAGAGGAAGGAAUUACUCAAGUUGAACUCAAGGCUGGGACUGUUUGAAGGUGUCGAACAUUCGAGAAAUCUUAAAGUUAGUACGUCGUGCCAGUUCACACAUAGAAAGCUAACAGAAACAUUAGCAAAGAGGCGAUGCAUUCUCUUUGCCACUUCCGAAAAUCAAGAAUCACACAGCGAAAUUGACCUCGACAAUUUCGAGCAGGGGCAGCAGCCUCCAUCUGCUGAAGACACCACUUCCACCGAUACCUCACACCGUCACACUACUGAAAGAGCCGACGGAAAAUCGGGAUUUAUUUCGUUUUAUGGACCUACCAACCGAGGCGAAGAUCAAAUUCUCGUUUCGACCCCUGAGAAAAAUAGAAAUUACCUAUUGUGGUUUGCUGGUCCUACUGUGCUCGUUGCAUCUUUCAUAUUUCCGUCGCUUUAUUUGAGAAGGAUACUUUCGACUAUAUUCGAGGAUUCUUUAUUAACCGACUUUCUAAUAUUGUUCUUCACGGAAGCCCUUUUCUACUGCGGGGUAGCUGUUUUUAUCCUUCUGAUGGGCCAUCUUCGAAAAUCUACAAAAAAGCCAUCAAAAACUCGAAAAAUCGAAACUCAUUAUGGAGAGAGGAUAGCUUCUGUUGCUGUUUUGGUACUUAGUCUUAUAAUACCUAUGGUGACGAUGGGGUUCGUCUGGCCUUGGACGGGCCCCGCAGCUUCUGCUACUUUGGCUCCUUACCUUGUUGGAAUUGUCGUCCAAUAUGCGUUCGAGCAAUAUGCAAAACGUAUUAGCUCUCCAUCGGGUCCCGCCAUUCCGAUAAUCUUCCAAGUUUAUAGGUUGCACCAGCUGAAUAGGGCAGCGCAAUUGGUGACAGCCCUGUCAUUCACUGUUAGAGGAGCGGAGAUGACAUCACACAACCUCGCUAUAAACGGUUCGCUAAACACACUUCUCAACGUUCUUCAGUUUCUCGGCAUCAUUUGUAUUUGGUCUCUCUCGAGUUUCGUCAUGCGGUUUUUUCUAUCCGAGCAGUAAUUUCUUUCUACAAGUUUCUUCCCGUGUUGAUGUUUCGGAUCAUGCCAUAAUUUUUGGUUAUA